UGAUAAGCCACCAUUGUUGCCAAAGUGCUGGACGACUUGCUUGAUGGUUUUUUAACUAAGCACUUGAAGCUCCACGAUGCUCAGUCGGCUUCAAACCUGGGCUAUCGACGGAAACCGCGGUGUUGUGCCUCAAGCGCGUCGUUCGGUACUACACGGAUAGAAAAACGCCGGUCUAUGCGUGUUUCUUAGAUUUAACGAAGGCUUUCGAUAUGGUCUCGUAUGACGUGCUGUGGAACAAGUUGUGUUGUGAGACAGAUUUGCCGUCCGAAAUAAUACAGCUAUUUAAGUAUUGGUAUGCCAACCAAACAAACUAUGUUAGGUGGGCAGGCAAGUUCUCUGACGCAUAUAGGUUGAAUUGCGGUGUUCGACAGGGGGGGUUAACGUCGCCAAAGCUAUUCAACCUAUAUGUGAACGGAUUAAUCGGUGAACUCAGCAAUGCCAAGGUCGGAUGUUCAAUCGACGGCGUAAGCGUCAAUAACAUCAGUUAUGCUGAUGACAUGGUGUUGCUGAGUCCAUCGAUUAGUGCACUUAGAAAGCUGCUUGGGAUAUGUGAGAGGUACGCAGUUGCACAUGGGCUCAAGUAUAACAUAAACAAGAGCGAGCUCCUUGUUUUUAAGCCGCGUGGUGGUACUGUCGGGACAGUACCGCCCGUCUACUUGUACGGCAGUGAACUCAAACACGUAUCAGAGUUCAAAUACUUGGGCCACUGGGUGACUGCGGACCUCUCAGAUGGCAUGGACAUUGAAAGAGAGAGACGCUCCAUGGCUGUGCGUUGUAAUAUGCUUGCCCGCAGGUUUGCACGGUGUACAAAAGAAGUCAAGAUAACAUUGUUUAAGGCCUACUGCCAGAGCUUCUACACGUGCAGCCUGUGGGUAAGAUACACGCAGAGUACUCUCAAUACCUUGAGGGUACAGUAUAAUAAUGCUUUUAGGAUACUGUUGGGUCUGCCGCGCUUCUGCAGUGCAUCAGGUAUGUUCGCGGAGGCUCGAACCGAUGGCUUUCACGCCAUAAUGCGGAAGCGUACUGCCUCACUGAUGCGGCGGUUGCGCGGUAGCCCCAACAGUUUACUACGUGUGCUGCUGGCCGAGAGGCUAGACUGGCCGUUCCAACACCACUGGAUGCUGAUGCACGUACAGCGGUAG